GAUUCGAUUUCGGUUCAAAAGAAACCUUACUCGUGAGGUACAGGGUUCUGACGUAGUCUCAAGGCAGCUGAGCAAAAACAUUUUUGCGCCUGAGCAAAAAAUUGGCUACCGUCUGUGCUCUUGAAAAAUCUCAAGCACUUCAAAUCUUCAAUGCCUGCAACGAAACGGUCCUAACGGAAGAGUUGAUAAUCUUGUUUCUUCGGCGCUUUCUUCCUCUCCUUGCAUCUUGCGCGGAGUAUUCAAACUUCUAAGAUCCCUUGAAUUUGGGAAUCAGUGGGAAUGGUCUAAUCUCUGCAACUGUGUGGUGAUAUGAUGCCGUACUUGUGGAACCAUAAAACUAUAGCAGUUCUUCUCAUCUAAUUUCUGCAAGAGGCUACAGGUUUCACACACUAGCAGGGCCAAUAGGCGAGACUUUACAAGAAUUCUAUGACCUAAAAGUGCCUCCAAAUUGGGUAUACGAUAAACAAGCUGAGUUCUUUUGCUCCGCCUAGUUGUUUUCUGUGACAGUGUGAUUAAUUGGUUUAACUCCUGGCAUGUUCGAGAAGAGUAGAUCAUGUAAGAAGUGUUCUUUUUCCUCAAUAUUGUUGUUCAUGGGCCAUUGCUUUGAUUUCUCGAUACCAACUGCUUGAUGAAAUGCCGAAGACACAAUUAUACUUCUUUAACAUCCUAGCUAAUAAUCCUUGUGACAUGAUGGAUUAUUAGAGCAGUUUCCGUGAGGUCCUCCUGUGGAUAAUGUAUUAUGAUCCAACAGUUUUUGCAAAGUAUUGCAUUGAUCCUGAUCUAAGGAGGACAAAUCUCUGUCCUCCCUACAAAAGUUCUGAAAGGCAGUGUUUUGAAUUCUGAAUUUGAUGGACCGUUCUCUCAUUCAGAUAUUGAGAUUUUUCUGUGAUGCGUUGGUCAACAUAUGCAUGUUUGAUUGGCCGUAUACCAAGUUGAAGUUGUAGUGGUCCAUUUCAUUUGUUAAACAUGGGAGCUGUUAAGUUGGAGCUCCGUUGUCCUAAAAACAUUAAUGGUGUAGCAGUAGAUCCACAGCCAGAUUGGAGCUUGGAUUCACUCAUUUCAGAACUGAAUUCCAUGCAACUCAAUGCCUCUUCCUUGCGCCAUGUGCCUUUUACAAAAUCAAGAAUCCGAGAACUUCCCAAUUACAAGGGAACGAGUAUGAAUUCCAAAGCUUUUGUAAUGCAUGUUGAUGAGAUGGAGGACACUGACAGUGAAGGUGAAGAAAUCCAUGAUCAAAGUUUGAUUGUUGGCAGGAAAUUCUCUUGUGAUGAACUUUAUUUAAGUGAUUCUGAUGAUUUUGAAGAUGAGUCACCUGUUGAAGAAGUUCAAGUACUGCUGAUGGAUAAAGUUGAUUUGCUUGAAGGAGCUAUGUUUGAACUUGAUCGUGAAAACACAGUUGGUGUUAAGGAGGAAAUUAGAAACACAGUUUAUGCAUUGCAGACUGAUUUGAUGAGUGACAGUGAAAGGUCUAUUGCUGCACUCAUUCAAAUUGAGAAGUUUAAAGAAGCAAGGCGAGAGAUGGACAGAAAACUAGACACACAAUAUCAACGGAAAAUUGCAGAAGCACUUGAUAACCACUUGAUUGCAGUCCAGCGGGAUUAUGAACACAGAUCCCAAAUUGAAGAACGGAGAAUAAGAAAUGAUGCAGCAUUUGAAGAGGCCCAAAAGAGGGAAAAAGCUGUUCAAGAAGAAAGGAUGCGCCAAGAUAGAGAAAAAGCUGAAGCAAAGGCUGCAAGAAAGAGAGCUGAAGAAGCACAGAGAACAGCCUUGGAAGCUGAGAGAAGAGCAACUGAGGAAGCUGCAGCAAGGGAAGCUACUGAAACUAGGAAAGUGCUUGCAGCACAGGUGGGACAAAAAGAAGUUACUGAUCUCAGGACGGAUGCAAGUGGAGAAGCAUUACUAGAAUUAAAGAAUAAAGGUCUUCAGUCGAAGCAAUUGGAACUGAGUGGCUGCAGUGAAGUGCAAUCAAUAGGUAAUGUGGUUAAAGGUGCAGAAAGUGCACUGAAAGUAGAGGCAGAAAGACUACAGAAGUACAAAGAAUUAGAUGAAAAGAAUCAGUCAUUGAGAUUGACUUCCAAUAAGGAUUUUCGUAGCCAUGAGCAGCAGAUUGCUAGGCGAAUAAGACAAAUAACAGGGUUUAAAGAGAAUGUUAGAAUGAAGGCAGAAGAAUUGGUAAAAGAUUUCAAUAAUCCUAUUUGCCCUCAGUCUGUUUGUGUUGGAGUGUUUGCAAAGAAGGUUGUCUCCCAAUGUGAAAACCCGGUUGCAGUUGCUGAUACUGCUUUUGCUUGUGGCCAUGUCAUUGCUCUCGUGACUAAACAUGUCCCAUUGGUAAUGGAUCUUGUUCUUGCUGAGUUCCAUAGAGCUUGCAUCUAUACUGUUCCAAAGCAUAUACAUUACUCUCAGUCGGCAUUCAGAAGUAAAGAAGCUUAUUAUAAGAUGAUCGGUUAUCGGGAAGAAGAUGGGAAGAUUGAAAGUACUGAGAGAUUUUUGGAACGCAUUGCAUCUUAUAUGAAACUUUAUGGUGCACUUGUGCAGACUGAAGUUGGUGGUGUAAACAUGCUCAAGGAGGGAUGGGCAUGGCUGGCGAGGUUCUUGAAUGUGCUUCCCGCCAAUGUAUAUACCGCAGUUGCUCUCUAUUCAUUUCUACAGAUGGCAGGUUUUGCACUAUUCAGGAAAUAUAAAUCUCAAUUCAGAAAAAUCCUAAACAUAAUUCAUAGCCAAUUUUUGGAUGCACUUGAAUCAAGCAGAGAUCCAACGCUAAACUCCGUCAUUACAAGAAUUAAACAGUAUAUAGAAAAAAAGCAAUUCCUCCAAGAACCAGAAGGAUGGCGUCUGCAGACUACUUUAUUAUCACAGACAUAUGUUCCCGAGUCAGAUUCAGGUUUCCAUCAAGAACAACAUUAUCAUCAACAACAUCAUUAUCAUCAACAACAUUAUAAUCAUUCAAAUCAUUCAAAUAAAUACCUGUACCAGUAUUGAUUAAAAAAGGAGAACAAUGUACCUCCACAUGUGAAGUUAUACAAAUUGUAUGUUACAACUGGCUAUAAUUUUAAACACUCCAUACUCCUUUGUUGUAUCGAAGAAAGAUUCAUAUAAUUAAUUGUAUAAUUGAGGAUGUUAUUUUCA